UGAAUUUCUUUCCUCGGCUACUGUCAUCAGUCAGUAGUCACUACCUCUUUUCACAUAUACAACAACCGGCUCCAUCUCUCGCCAAUCUCCAUGGAAACUCCCUAUCCAAAACCCAUCUCCCCCGCCGAAACCCGCAUCGGCUGGAUCGGGAUAGGCAUAAUGGGUGCAGCCAUGGCUUCUCACCUCCUCUCCGCCGGCUAUUCCCUCACCAUCUACGCUCGCACACCAUCAAAAGCUUCGUCUCUCCAAUCCCAAGGUGCCCAUAUCACCGAUUCUCCACAAGAACUCGCCCGUCGAUGCGACGUCGUUUUCACCAUGGUUGGCAACCCACAAGAUGUCAAGCAAAUUGUCUUAGAAACCAACGGUGUUCUUUCAACCCUUAAUCCUGGUGCCGUCCUUGUAGACCACACCAGCAGCAGCCCAUCACUGGCACGUGAGAUCUACGCUUCAGCUCGUAAAAAGGGUUGCUGGUCGAUUGAUGCUCCGGUCUCCGGGGGUGAUAUCGGAGCUAGAGAAGGGAAGUUGGCUAUUUUUGCUGGAGGGGAAAGUUCGGUGGUUGAGUGGCUAAAGCCUUUGUUUGAUUUGAUGGGAAGAGUUACUUACAUGGGGGAAGCAGGAUGUGGGCAGAGUUGUAAGAUUGGGAACCAAAUAAUCGUGGGGGCUAAUUUGAUGGGGUUAAGUGAAGGGUUUGUUUUUGCGGAGAAAGCUGGGUUGGAUUUGAGGAAGUAUAUGGAGGCGGUUACGGGAGGAGGCGCAGGGUCAAUGGCAAUGGAGUUAUAUGGAGGGAGAAUGAUUGGGAGAGACUUUAAGCCAGGUGGGUUUGCAGAGUAUAUGGUGAAGGAUAUGGGGUUGGGUGUGGAUGUUGUGCAUGAAGAUGAUGAUGGGAAGGUGGUGGUUUUGCCUGGGGCUGCUCUGGGUAAACAGAUGUUUUCGGCAAUGGUGGCUAAUGGGGAUGGGAAGCUUGGUACUCAGGGACUCAUAACUGUUGUGGAGAGGAUCAAUGGCAAGUGACUUGGAAUGCAAUUGGUUGUUGAAAACAGGAUAGACUUUAGCAUUGUUUCGAGACUGCAAUGAUCAAUAACUUAAUAUCGUUUUCCAUUGAAACUUGCAAGAAGCGAAGCUAAUGUCUUUGCAUUUCAAAGAUCUCGGUAUUGGAAUUGUCGAUGUAGUUCCCCUUGCAUUAUAUAUCUAUCCGUAAAGGGCUCUUGGUUACUUGGAAUAAUGAUAAACUAGCUUAAUCAUUUCUAUUUUA